UUCAUAGCCAGCGCUCCGGUGUACCAAAAAUAAUCAGAUCUCAAGUCUGGGUGAAACAGUUGAGCCAGCGUGUCGCGACGCCGUCUUUUCAGAUAAGGGAAAAUAUGCCUGAUCUGUAAUCCGCGGCGGUUAAACGACGCUCCAAGUCCGGCUGAAGCUUUCAAUCCGAUUCGUAGGAUAGAAACGUUGAUGCAGAACAGUCGUGAAAACUUUUAGUGACCCAACCAUGUCCCACAACGAGAACCUCGUCGUCAGGUUCUCCGUAAUACUCAUCAUUCUACUUGUACCCGGUGUCAGUGUCGCUCGAGAUGCCAAAACAGUUGAACAAUGGGCGGAAAGAAUCGGCUCGGAACUGUGGCAGCUUGCGAAUGCUACGGCACGCUCGGAUGAUUUAAAGAAUCAAUACGUGAAGCAAAAUGCCCGAAUCGAGGAGAAAUCGGGACAGGAGAUGGUCAAGUCAAUCUCAGACAGCGUUGGACGCAUGUUAAGUCGAAAGAUGGACGCGGUCCGCUGCAUCUUGAAGAAGGCCGAAGAAGCGGCUGAGCUAUACAACGCAUCCGGACUUCCUGACAGGCUCCAUCUAACCAACGAGACAAUACCUAGUAUGAACAUGUCCUACUUCUCGGGCAAAUACAGUUCCGUCAAUAAUGUGCCUGUCAAAUUGCCGGAAUCCCUCCUCAACACAUCCGCCAUGUACAGCCCGAUGAACCUCACUGCAGAUUCGCACUUUUACAACAUCCCCGUGAACACGGACUUCUCCUCAGUCCACGUGCCAACGAAUGUGUACGAUCUGGAUGUGAAGGUAAACGCUGCGAUACAAUGGUCGAAGGCCUUGGACCAAGUAUUUCGACAAAACUACAGAUCCGACCCAGCCCUUUCCUGGCAAUAUUUCGGAUCGAGCACCGGCAUCCUUCGGCUGUACCCGGCCAUACAAUGGCGCACGGAAGGUGAUAAGCCUGACCUUUACGACUGCAGGAUGCGCAGCUGGUUCAUCGAGUCGGCAACAUGCAGCAAAGACAUGGUCAUUCUCAUCGACAUUAGCGGUAGCAUGCAGGGCAUGGGCUACUCUAUCGCAAAGACAACCGCAGUGGAAAUUUUGGGGACGCUGUCGAACAACGACUUCGUGACGAUAAUCGCCUACACGAACGAAACAACCGAGGUGGUGCCCUGCUUCAAUGGUACCUUGGUACAAGCAACCCCUGAGAAUAUAGCGGUGUUCAAAGAUGGAUUGGAGAAAUUAAACACCACGAAUCCAACGAUUCUCAGCAAAGCCUUCAACAAGGCUUUUGACCUCUUGGAAACCUUCCGAACGUCCAAGCAGUGUAACGCAUCAAAUCCAUGCACCCAGGCCAUCAUGCUUCUUACCGAUGGUGUGCCCGGAGACGUUGCGGAGGUAUUUGCCGAGCGAAACAGGCUGGAAAACGGAACAUACAUGCCCGUCCGUGUUUUUACGUAUCUACUUGGCCGUGACGUUACGAAGACACCAGAAAUUCAGUCGAUGGCUUGCUCGAACAGAGGCUACUACUCUCACGUCCACACCCUGUCAGAGGUCCGCGAACAAGUCCUCAAGUACAUCAAUGUCAUAGCGAGACCGCUCGUACUCCAGAAGGAUAUCCAUCCGCUCAGUUGGACUCAUGCCUACGCGGACAUCUCGAAUCCGGCACUAGCUACGUGGCUGGGGCUGGUAAUGGAGCACCCUGAGCAAAAGUCGAGGCUCAUCACGCAUCUGAAAGGAAAGGAACAAGGCGUGCAAAUAAACGAGGAUGCCAUCUACAUUCAGAAGCCUGAUGCGGAGGACUCUAACUCGUCCACCGCAUUGAAGACGGCUUAUCAGGAGUACCGGCUGUUAACAUCCGUCAGUGUCCCAGCGUUCGACCGGAAGGGUAACCGGAACAACGAAACGAAACUUGCCAACCUCUUGGGGGUCGCCGGGACCGAUGUUCCCCUGGACGAGAUAAACAGGUUGACGCUUCCUUACAAACUCGGCGUCAACGGGUACGCUUUCAUAGUUUCCAACAACGGGUACGCUAUUCUUCAUCCUGAUCUUAGGCCUGCCUACAAGGGAACCUUAAAAUUAAACUACAACAGUAUCGACCUCACAGAGGUCGAAGUGAUCGGUGAAGAUCUGGGACCCAGAAUCCCCGGAGAGGAGGUGCUGACGCUGAGAGCAGCUCUAGUCAACCAUAGAAAUGGUACUUUGUCAAAUGUCACGAUAAAGUUCCAUUACGACGACUACAGGAGGGUCACCUUCGAGAAACGAAACUACUUUUACGAAGCCCUACCAGGAACACCCUUCGGCCUAGCCAUAGCACUUCCGGAAUAUGGUACCAAAUGGAUCAAUGUUGGCGAAGAGAUAAAGAAGAACUGGAACAUGGGUAGAAAAAUCAUGGACUAUUUCCGCGGUGACCGUUGGCGAAUUCAUCCCGGCUGGGUCUACUGCCGUUUUCACUAUCUUGAAGGACAUGAGUUCGAUCGACCUGAAGAUGAGGUGAAAUUCUUUCUUGAAUCUCUUGAUAAUCCCGAUACCUGGGAAUGGCACGAACAAUACGAAACCAAGUCAGACUCCAAUAAUACGAACGAGAAGGUAGAGAAUAAUGAGGAGAGCAGGAUGAAGCAGGAUGAAUUUGAACCUUCGGCCGAUGAGGACGAUGAGUCGACUGUCGAGACUGAAUACGCGACUGAUGAUGGCGACUAUAUGUACCCAUACGACGAAAAGAUGUCAGAAAAUGAAAAUGAUACACAACCUUGCAACCGGAAGACGCUUGACGACAACGCUUAUUACUGCAACAAGGAAUUAAUGGAACUUCUUGUUUUCGAUGCGAAAGCGACAAACGUCAGUUUCACAGGAAGAUUUAUCUUCUCAAAUGAAACAGAACGGCAAUUGGCCGCCAUGUACGGAGUCUUUCUGCGAUUUGUCGCAACCCAGAGCGGACUCACGCGAUGGCAAGACGUUGGAGACUCUCCCGAUGUAGAAAAUGAUUCAUGGUUUUGGAACCAGGGAGAAGAAAACAUUAAACUCGAGUUUGGCGACCUCCAUCGACGAGCGGUAAAUGAACCAUGGUAUAAGGGAGCCAUUUUUCAGCACACCGUUGAUCCCGAAAGUAUCUCGGUGACAGUUCCAACUAUCCGAGGGGCAGACGCCGUCGUGACUGUGGCACAAGCGAUAUUCCCCAAAGAUGGAGCCCAAAAGGCUCCCGCGGCCGUUAUCGGAUUCCAAAUGCCGAUGGAGUCUUUAUACGCAAGGUUUCAGGACCUGACUCAAGACCACACUGAAUCAAACUUUUCUUGUGCUAGUGCAGUGAUCGAUUGCUACCUGAUAGACCAAAACGGCUACGUUGUAGUUUCUGACUUGAACGAAACUGGGAUAUUCUUUGGCACCGUUCAGGGUGGUGUUAUGAAGUCCAUGAUUUACCAAGGCGCGUACAAGCCCGUGGUGUUCUACGAUUAUCAAGCGCUUUGUUCCUAUCCUACGUUCAAGGGUGCCGCUAAUUUCCUCAAGACUCCAUUUCACCACUUGGCGCAACUCUCGACCUGGCUCUUUACUCGCCUGGUGUGGCUAACUUUGCAGAUCGUCGAGUUUCCGGUGGCUUGGAGUAAGAAAGAUAUGAACGAAGACGCUCCAGCACCGCCUCCUCCACCCAAAAAGGUUAUCGAACAUUACGCUUGUGACGAAAAAAGGACCCUCUACAUUUGGCAGCCGAAGCUCGCAGAACAUUUGACCAACGUUUCCGAUUAUCCGUCGCGACCAUUUUAUGCUGAAAAGGUCCCUUUUACCAACCUCGUGCUUGUCGUCGUCAAUGUCUCGUAUCCGUCGUCUUACGAACGCAUUGAACUACACCCCACGGAGAUACGUCCGGAGUUUUACUCAAAUGGAGGCCAAGAAUUCCCCUGCCACAAAUUGAAUCUCACUCACCUGGAGAGACGUGGACUUGAAGGAUGUUACGCGGAAGAUCCUGGAGAGGAUGAAAUUAAAGACUGUGGCGCUUGAUUCUGAUCACGAAUUUCCGUGUACCACGGUCAACAAUUUUACUGAUGGGUUUCAUGGUAUUUUUUUACCCUCUUACUAAAUAUCAAUAAUCAGUAUUUGUAUAAAAAUCAAUAAAUUUUCCAAUUAUUAA